CACCGCAAGAGUGCGUUGAACUACACGCCGCUGUAAAGUUGCGCUGUAGAGGAAAUAUUGUCAAAUUACAAGAAAUUACAAAAGCACACGUGUUCGGGCCAUGAGCUUUGGGCCCCUCAGGCUGGAGGGACUGAACGGGUGCAUUAGAACUGUUCUUGUGACUGUGUUCUUGAGUGUGUUGAUGGUCCCGCUGCUGAGGAUUGUGGGGCUGCGCGCAUUCUCCAUGGCUUCGGAAACAUACUCAUCUGGAACACAUUCUGCUGCCUUUGUCACCUGCCCUAAUGAACAGGUGGCCAAGGAUCUAGCCAGAGGCAUGGUGGAGAAGAAGCUUGCAGCAUGCGUCAACAUUGUGCCCAAGAUCACGUCUGUGUACGAGUGGCAGGGGAAGAUUGAGGAGGACAGUGAAGUAUUGCUGAUGAUUAAAACAAGAAGUUCAAAAGUUUCAGCUCUGGCAGAAUAUGUAAGAUCAAACCAUCCUUACGAAGUGGCUGAGGUCAUCAGUCUGCCCAUAGACCAGGGAAAUCCUCCAUACCUGAAAUGGAUGAGUGAGGUCGUCCCGGAGUGAGUGUUGCACGCGACCAAAAUUACAUCUUCAGCCAUGGCAAUAAUCUGAGAAAUGGAAACAGUCUGAGAUGAUGCAUGCCAAAGAAAGAGUUUGAAGUAUUUCGCAUGCAUUUGUUUUGUUUACUUUGUUUUGGCUGAUAUUAAAAUGGAAAUGAAAUUCCUCAGGAUGAUUUCUUUCAGCUGAGUAAUGUUUAUUUCAGCUGCAGCCGCAAACUCAUCAUUCAUUUUAAUAAACUGGAAAAAGACAGGCAUAUAUUGAAUGUGUCU